AUGUCUAACAGUAAACCUAAUAAUAAUUCUAUACCCAAUAUCGAUAAAGUAACUACGGACUGUCCUAUGGAAGAAGUUGUAGCUACCUCUUCAACUCACGACCUUUCUCACAGCGAAAUUGAACUCACAUCACGUGACUCAUCAAAAAAUGAUACUCACACGCAAACACCAAUCAACGAAAACUUGACUAAUAUGGAGGAAGAUCCCUCGGAACCUAAUCCAGAUAAAGGAAAAUCACCGGAAUCACAAACAGCCACACAAACAAACUUACCAAAUGCGAUUCCGAUGACCGUGCUAAAUGAUAUUUUUACACCAACAUCACAAGCUCCUAACAAAACACACAAAGGAUUUAUUCCCAGAGACAGUUUUAAAUCUGACCUCUCGAACAACGAAAUAAUUAACUUACUAAAAACGGCAUUUAUCCGUGACAGUAACGCCUUCAAAUUUGAAUCCAAUACAACUUCCACAUACAAAUAUUUCACUAUAUAUUUUAGAACACGGGACUCACUUAACCAAUAUAUAGAAAAAAGUCCCGAUAACCUUAAACAGGUUAAAAUAUACGAGUUAACCAAUGAAGCUAUCAAUACCUUAUUGGAUCAAAAAUUCGCUAAUUUGGACGCAGCAGUCAUAAAAAUCAUGGACAUACCUUAUAAUUACGACACAUCAAUGCUUAUUAAACACCUUGCUAUUAAGACCAACAGCAAUAUUAUAGACCAUAAAGAGCUCAAAAAACCACCAAGAAAAUUACCUAACCGCAAUAAUCGUGGAUGCCCGAUUUUCAUCAAACCUGCAUACAAACAACUAAUCGUACGCUUCGAUAAACAAUCUGCCUACGAUUAUUUCAUGAAAGAAAAUUAUUGGAGUCUUGAAAUAGAAAAUUUUGUAGUAAGAAUUCUACCAGGCAAUCAGAAUGACCCCGAGUUUAAAAAGCGUACCAGCAAAUAUUUUAAAAUUACUGGACUACCACUUAACACAACAGCUAUGGACCUUAAUCCACUUAUAAAACAUGUAUAUGGACGUACUUGUACGUUCACACAAACUACUCGAUAUUCAACGAUGAAAAAUGCUUACGUAUAUGUUUCACCAGAAAAUUAUCCUGAUAACGCAACGGGAGGCGCGUCUUCACUAUUCGAGAACCACAACAUUUACAUCAUCCCAGGGCACAUAUCAGCCAAAACAUGCAACACUUGUGGAUCCCCUUUACACAUUUCUCAAAACUGUGACGAUGUAAACUUCAAAACAACAAGAGAUAACCGUAAAAUCUAUAAUAAAAGAUUCAUCGAUAGAAAAGAGGAAAAAAUCACUAUUCACGAAAACCACAAAAGCAGAUACAACCACGUGAUUUCUCUUAAUGCUAACAAAAACUCAAACCCAUCACAAACAAACAACAAACGCUCAUCAUCACAAACAAAUACCCGCAAUAUAAAUCCAAUACCUAAUAAUUCACAAUACCCCCGUCAAACAAGACAACCAUACAACAAAACACAUAAUAUGAACGACAUUAAUAACUGGGACGAACCCUCUAUGUCUACCCCUCAAUACCAACAUCAGUACACAUCAAAUGAUGAAAUAGACAAAAGAAUUAUAGAACUAGAGAAACAAGUACAAAGUCUUCUAAAAAAUAUUAAAACUUUACAAGAAAAUAAAGUUAAAACGGAUGAGACGAUCGCUGACAUCCAUCACAAUACUAGCCUAAUGAACACAUCACUCACGAACGUGAAUAUGAGACUAGACAAAUAUGAUACAAUCCUAGAACGUCUCACCACUAACAUCGGCUUACUUAGUAAGAAAGAAAUUUCAUCCGCCCAAGAGCGCCCUCGUAAAAUAUCCAAAAAAAUUACACCAUAUGAUCAAACUUCGUACAGAUCAACUAAAUCCAAAUACAACCUCAGAAAUAACAAAGACUACAACAAUUCAGCUGAAGAUAGUGAAUUCGUCCCGGCAACAGAAGAUGACACUGAUGCCCCUGACGACGCUGCUAUGUCGGACGGUGCCAUUUUCGAAGGCAUAAUUGACAAAACACUAAACGAACCUAUGAAAAAUGACACUUUUACCGUUAAAUCUUAUAACCCAUUGAACCUCCUCCCGAGCUUCAACGCGACACGUUAA